GGGUCCAUACGUACGGCCCGUCCGCUUAAACCGUCAGUAAGGGGCACGGACAGUUUCCGGGACGAUUUGGGGGGGGGGGUUGGAACGGUGCCGGUGGAGGAGGAGGUCGUGGCAGCGGGGGUGUGGCGGGGCACGGCCACAGACACUGCUGAGGGCCGCUAUUGUUUUUUUCGGACUCUGUGUUUUGUCUCCAAUGAGGCCUAGGAAAGGGAGGGGAGACCAACAAUUUGUCCCUGUAAGUAAGGACAAACAGAGGGCGGUGGAGCUGAAGUUCUGCGGGUUUAAAUGGAUCACGAAAUGAGAAUUUCCUCAUGGAGUGCAAAUUGUGUGGACAUGGGUUUCAGGGCAGUCAAACGAAGGCGGCUUCGCACUUCACGAUAAAUAACAAUUGCCCCAAAGUGUCUGUGGAGCAGCUGUCGGAGAUUUGGAACAAGACGAACUAUAAGUUCGAUCAGAGCCAUUGCCGGAAGAUCCUCGGCUUCCUGAAGUCUCGGGGGUAUCGAGACAACAGAUGUACUUCGGGGAGGGAGCAGGCGGGGGAGGAGGACGAGGACAACGAGGACGAGAGGAGGGCGGCCGAGGGUCGAGAGGAUGAUGGUGACAUCGACAUGCCGACCAUGGACGUGCGGAGAGAGGUGGAGCGUGCGAAGGGUAAGAUGAGGAGGGAGAAGGCCGUCGACGAGGACAGCACUCCGGGCGAGGAGGAGGAGGAGGAGGACGACGACGAUCAGGAAGCGGACAUUGGAGCCUCUCUUGAUGAGGGGGCUGAUGGCUGGUGGCCGUCGAGGCCAAGAGGGGGCAGCCAGAGCGAUGAUGGAGGCAAGGGGAUCGAAGAAGCGAAAGAGGAAGGCAAAAGAGACUGCCACGACGACUCCAGCAGCACCUCCUUUGCCGAAGAAGAGCAAAGUCCUUCAACAGACUUGCAUGGUCGAGGCCUUCAAUCCUGUCUGGCAAUGAGAUUUUUCCAACUACUUUCUGCAAUGGUACUACGUCAACAUCCUGCGUUGCCCACACACGGUGUCAUUUCGGGCGACGACAUCCUUGAGCAGCAGCUAGUUGUGGCGGACUUGGUGGCGGUCGUCCGCAAGGACAUUGCGGCGACAGGAGCGACUAUCCUUAUGGAUGGUCGCAAGUCCAUCACGAGUGACCAGAUAGUGAACUUCCUUGCUGCUGGACCCACGGGAGCCUACCUCUUCAGGACUGUGCGGCGGGACGAUGUUGUUCAGGAAACAGCGGAGGCCGUGGUGGAGCGAUGGCAGGACGUGUUCGACAAGUUCGACGUCAAAAAUGUCAACACCAUUUGCACUGACUCCGCGUCGGCGUAUGUGGCUGCUUCCAAGCUGCUCACGAAGGAGGAGGUCAAGUAUAGCUGCAUCACUUGGCUUCCUUGUGCAGUCCAUGUCUGCAACUUGUUGUUGUCAGACAUCGCGAAGGACGGCAGCAACGGGAAGAUUGGAAAGAGGGAGGACACCAUCAUCACGGCUCGAGUGGUUGUGCCUUUCAUUAGAGAGCACGGGGCGGCUCUCAGCCUUUAUCGCCGCGAGCACGACAAGACACUGGCUGAGAAGUCACUGCGAUACCUUCGCCAGCAGACUGGGGAUGACGAGGACUUGUACCAGACGUUGUGCAUGCAACUGGCAGAUACUCGGGAGGGCGAUUGGACGUACACAGCGGUUGAGGGUGACAAGGACGUGGCCUCCUGCAGAGGGGAGAAGGAGACGUCGCAGGUCGGGCAGUGGUGGGUGCAGCACGGGGACGGGGUCCCUCUCGUUCAGAGUUACGCCAUUCGCCUGACGCAUACAUGGAAGUGUGCCUCUCCAGCGGAGAGGAACUGGGCCGUCCAUAAGCGUGUUCAUGUGAAGAAGCGUAACAAGCUUGGUUUCAUCAAGCUUACUCGUCUGGUGGAGAUAUCCACCAACUUGAGAUUGAGUCGUUGCCAGGGGAGGCGUUCAGGGUAUGUUCUGCCAAGGGAGGAUGCUGAGGAGGAGACAAAGGACGCUAUUCCUCCGCCUUGUGAUGAGGGUGUUCGGCCAGCCGACCGAGUCACCAAGGCGCAGCGUGAGAGGCAGGUGCAACGCGGGCAGAGGGAUCGCCUUUCGAAGGCACCGCCCAGCGUGGAGACGUAUUUCGGUCGUCGCGCCACGGUGCUCAUGCCGACAGAGUUGGACUCGGUCUACGAUCCCGAGCCUGAUCCUAUGGCUCAGGACCCGAUUGAGGCGGAGCUGUGGUCCGAUCCAGACGACUUGGCGGUGGAGUUAGAGGCAGGAGAUUCUGAUGAGGGUCGCGACGACGCUCCUCUCGCCGAGAUGAUGCGCCCUCGGACACGUGGUUUCACUGCAGGCCCUGCGCCGCCUUCCCCUCCACCUCGAACUUUGAGUGCUCCUGACGUUCCACUUCGAGGCCUUGAGGACUGGGUUGGGGGCACGGUUCCGCAGCCUUCGACAGAUUGUCGUGGACAUGACGAGCAGGGCGGUCGGGGAGAUGUUGAGGAGAGAGACGACGACAACGACCGCGAGGAGAGGGGGUACGAGGGCAACAUUGAGGACGAUGAUGAUCCCGCCUAUUCCCCGACACACCGGCGUGGUCCGAGAGACAUCUUGGUGACCGAUGCAGUGAUGCAGGCAGGGGAGGCAGCGGGUCGGGUGUUGGGGGUGCGGGGCACACAGCUGGUGCAGGCCGUGCUGCCGGAGGACGGGCGAGGCGAGAGUCUGCAUCGUCCACUGGCACUGUACACUGGGAUGAUGAGCGUGUCACGACAGGUUGUUGCCGUGUCGGCAGAGGUCGCUGCCUCCCCUGCAGAGUUUGCUGCAGCGUCUGCAGAGGUUGCUGCCGGGUCUGCGGAGGUUGCUGCCGAGGAUGCGGAGGCUGUUGCAGCGUCGACAGAGGUUGUAGCCGGGUCUGCAGAGGUCGGUGGCGCGACUGCAGAGGUUGGGAGGGCAUCUGCAUAUUCUGCACAGUUCGGUCCCAGUUUCAACGAUGACAUGUUUGGUGCUUCGUUGGGGCUUCCUUCGACGCCGACAGGUGAGCGUGGUACUGGUGGUGUGGACGCACAGGCCAGCCCAUCAGUCAGAUCCUUAGAGGUAGCGGAGGACACAGAGGGUUCGUCGGGGCAGCGUGAGCAUGUAGUAGGGGAUGACGGGGAGUGCCGACCUGUGCAGGAGCAAGUGCCAGAGUCGGAGCAGGACAUAACCAAUCGCGAGGAGAGGGAGAGGGCGCUGGAGUUGGCCAGGCGUUGCGAGAUGACACGAAGUAUUGCGGCAAAGGCACGUGCAGAGCGGAUGCUCGAGACGGGUGAUGGUGCGGGUCAUUGUGCGAUACAGGAUGCAGAGGUUGAGUGUGGCCGUGCGGUCGGUGGGGAUGCAGGCGAGAGACAUGCAUCACCAGUUCAUGGUGUUUGUGUAUUGCCAUUCGCUGGAGCUAUGUCGGCGGGGGAGUUAGAGCGGCAGACACGGAAGGACCCAUUGCGGGCAGAUCGACGCGCACGGAUGGAUGAGGCGUCAAGGAGGGUCAUGGCAGAGGGCCCAACUUUUGUGUUGUGCAGCCCGUCAGUGCCAUCGUCUGCCACAUAUGUCAUUCCUCCCACACAUACCGAGGGUCCAGGCACGGUACUAAGUCCCGCAUCGGCACCGAGUCCCACAUCGGCAUCGAGUUCCGCAUCGGCACCGAGUCCCGCAUCGGCACCCGCGGGGGAAUCUCCUUUUCCCAAAUCAUGGAAGAAGAAGAUGAGAAUCAUGAGAGCAAGAAAGAGUCUUAGUACUCUGAGGAGGGUGACCCACCAGAUACGGGCGAGUCAGCCUGCGUUGGUCGGUUUACAUCUGCGGACUCUGGAGGCAUUGGGCGGGGACAUUGUUGCGGAUACAGCAGGUUGGCGGGAGAGGGCCUCUACCCAGGUGACGACGCGCCCGAUGAGCACACCUGCCGAGGCGGCGGUGCCACAUGCUAGAGGGCGGACUUCCACUACCGUUACGGAGGAGCACGACGAGCACAGUUGUUCCCCGGGAGGAGCAUGGCCGAAUGUGUACUGGGGGUGGAUGUGAGGGCAUUGACGAUGCGGCGAUCGUCACAGACACCCAUCGGCUGGGAGUCGGGUACCGACGGUUUGGAGAUGUCAGCUGGCCAGCGGAAGAGGGUUUCCGUAUAUGACUUUCUUCGAGCACGGUCAAGGAUAAGGCGGCACCACAGGGAUGCCACUAGUGUGGCGCCACAGAGGAGGAGGAAGGACAUUGUGGACGACGAUGAUGCUUAGUCCCACCAUUGGUCCUCUUCCGCCCUCUAUUUCCUAGUAGUGUAUAACACCUUUAAUACUUCAGAUGAGAUCAUGUGUUUAUAGGUGCAAUAUGUGCAUCUCGACAUGACUGUAUGUGUAUUCGUAUCGAUGUUUCAUGAGAUUGCACAUUGUCUUCAUGCAUAGGUGCAGUAGGUGCAGUUUUUGUUUUUUUUUUCAUUUUAUUUUUCCUUCGAUGUUUCAAAUGAUUGCACACUUUGUUCAUACAUAGGUGCAAUAGGUGUAGUUUCUAUUUUUUUUUUGUAUCGAUGUUUCAGACGAUGACACACUUUCUUCAUGCAUUGUUUGACUGAGUUCACUCUCCAAUGUCUCCAUGUUUCUUCUAUUGUGGUGUGCUUAUGGUGCAACUAUUUUGCCUUGUUUUUCGUUGCUCCUUUAUUUUGUGGUUUCAAAAUUUCUGCAAUGAAUGUUACUCAAUGCG